CUUUUAUUUUGAAGCUAAGCAAACAAUCUGCACCGGAAGCUGUAGUCUUCACUGCGGCUAACUUUCCCUUUCGACCAAGACAGCGGCUAGCAGAAACGUGUGUUAGCAGAGUGUCUUUGUUGUGUUCAUAAACAGGUAAAAUGUGUAAAGUCCAGGUGCUGAGAGCGUUGGUGGAGCAGCGACUAACUGCGGCUGCUGAAGAGAUAUUUGGGCUGUUUGAAAGAACGAUAGCAGAGUACGAGGAGGAACUGUGUCGUUCAAAAGAGGACAACGAGCGACAACGGGAACUACUGGACGCUAUUUUCAAGCCUCAGCUUCGAUUACACAGAGCAGAUGUUGUGCAGCGGUUGGUGGUUAAAGAAGAGGUUCCCCCUGAGCAGCAGCAGUGUAGGUCCAGUGUGGACCAGUGGGAGCCAGACCCCCCCCUACACAUUAAAGAGGAACAGGAGGAACUGUGGAGCAGUCAGGAGGGAGAGCAGCUUCAAGGGCUGGAGGAGGCUGAUAUCACCAAGUUCCCAUUCACUCAUGUCCCUGUGAAGAGUGAAGAUGAUGAAGAGGAAGCUCAUUCCUCACAGCUUCAUCAAAGACAAACUCAACACAUGGAAACAGAAGCUGAUGGAGAGGACUGUGGAGGACCAGAACCAGCCAAGAACUUUGCUGAUUGGAAGGAGACCAGAGAACCUCAGUCAACUUUAAACUCUCUGAAAUAUAAUUCAAGACAUGUUCAGCAGCUGUCGGUGGUUAAAGAAGAGGUUCCCCCUGAGCAGCAGGAGUGUAGGUCCAGUGUGGACCAGCAGAAGCCAGAGCCCCCCCCACACAUUAAAGAGGAACAGGAGGAACUGUGGAGCAGUCAGGAGGGAGAGCAGCUUCAAGCGCUGGAGGAGGCUGAUAUCACCAAGUUCCCAUUCACUCCUGUCCCUGUGAAGAGGGAAGAUGAUGAAGAGGAAGCUCAGACCUCACAGCUUCAUCAAAGACAAACUCAACACAUGGAAACAGAAGCUGAGGGAGAGGACUGUGGAGGACCAGAACCAGCCAGGAACUUGCAUCCAUGUUUGCAACCAGAGACUGAAGACCAGACUGGAGACUCUUCUGAUCCUGAGACUGAUGACAAUGCUGAUUUGAAGGAGACCAGAGAACCUCAGUCAGCUUUAAACUCUCUGAAACAUGAUUUGAGAUGUAAGAAAACAUUCAGCUGCUCAGAAUGUGGUAAAAGAUUUGGCUUCAAGUCACAUCUGAAGACACACAUGAUAAUCCACACAGGAGAAAAACCCUUUAGCUGCUCUGACAGUGGAACCCUGAAGAAACACAUGAGAUCUCACACUGGACAAAAACCGUUCAGCUGCAGUGUUUGUAAUAAAUCUUUUACACGUAGUGGGAGUUUACAGAAUCACAUGAGAAUCCACACCAGAGAAAAACUUUUCAGCUGCUCAGUCUGUAACAAAUCUUUUAUACAGAGAGGGCAUUUACAACUACACAUGAGAAUCCACACAGGAGAGAGGCCUUUUAGCUGCUCUGAGUGUGGUAAAGCUUUCACUGAACGUGGAACUCUGAAGAAACACGUGAUGACUCAUUCUGGAGAAAAACCUUUCAGCUGCUCAGUCUGUAAGAAAUCUUUUACACAGAGGGGAAGUUUACGGGCACACAUGAGAAUCCACACAGGAGAGAAGCCUUUUAGCUGCUCUGAGUGUGGUAGAGCCUUCAUUGAACGUGGACACCUGAAGAACCACAUGAGGACUCAUUCUGGAGAAAAACCUUUUGGCUGCUCAGUCUGUAAGAAAUCUUUUAAACAGAGGGGAAGUUUACGGGCACACAUUGCCACAGUCCACAAAGGAGAGAAAUUCAGUUGCAAUGUUUGUAAGAAAAGAUUUGCUCGGCGUUCUGUCAAAAGACAUAAAUGUGUUGGUCCGAUGGAAACAGAAGCUAAUGGAGAGGACUGUGGAGAACCAGAACCAGCCAGGAACUCACAUACAACCAGAGACUGAAGACCAGACUGGAGACUCUUCUGAACCUGAGACUGAUGACUUAGAUUGUGCCUUUCAAGUCCAAGCAAAACUUCUCAAGUACCAAACAAAACUCUUUAUGUAAUGUGUUGCAGCAAAAAGUACACUCUUAUUUUAAAUAUUGUAUUAGAUAUUGAUAGAUUGAUUGGAUAAGAUAGUUGGACUUCUCGUGCUACUGAAAUCUAUCUCAUGGUGACUGCUCAUUUUAUUGAGUGGGAAACCUGUAUGAGCAGCACACAAGCACCCACCUAGCUGAGAAGCUACAGGAGGUCAUAGCCAGAUGGCAAAGAUGUUGAGCAGCUGUCGGUGGUUAAAGAAGAGGUCCCCCUUGAGCAGCAGGCGUGUAGCUCCAGUGUGCCCCAGCAGGAGCAAGAGCCCCCCCUACACAUUAAAGAGGAACAGGAGGAACUGUGUAGCAGUCAGGAGGGAGGGCAGCUUCAAGGGCUGGAGGAGGCUGAUAUCACCAAGUUCCCAUUCACUCAUGUCCCUGUGAAGAGUGAAGAUGAUGAAGAGGAAGGUCAGACCUCACAGCUUCAUCAAAGACAAACUCAUUCACAACACAUGAAAACAGAAGCUGAUGGAGAGGACUGUGGAGAACCAGAACCAGCCAGGAACUCACAUCCACUUUUACAACCAGAGACUGAAGACCAGACUGGACACUCUUCUGAUCCUGAGACUGAUGACAGUGCUGAUUGGAAGGAGACCAGAGAACCUCAGUCAGCUUUAAACUCUCUGAAACGUGAUUCAAGAUGUAAGAAAACAUUCAGCUGCUCAGAAUGUGGGAAAAGAUUUGGCUUCAAGUCACAUCU